AUGAGUGGGGGAUGGAAUACCAUCGAAUCUGAUGCGGGUGUCUUCACCUUCCUGCUGGAUAACCUAGGGGUAAAAGAUGUGCAAUUCGAGGAACUGAUAGCGCUCGAUGCGGACUAUCUACGCCAGUUGAACCCCGUCUACGGCGUCAUAUUUCUAUUCAAAUAUCCCACGGGCGAGAAGGCCAACUCGGACGGCACGCCGAAAGACGGACAGUACGACUACGCUGCUGCAGAGAAUCUAUGGUUCGCAGCCCAGACGAUACAGAAUGCGUGCGGAACACAAGCCCUCCUCUCAGUGCUGCUCAACAAAGAUGCGGAGAUCGAGUUGGGGACGCCGUUGAGGGAUUUUAGAGAAUUCACGGGAAGCUUGCCUGCGGAAUUUAGGGGUGAGGCUUUGAGUAACUCGGAGUUGAUCAGAGAUGUGCAUAACAGCUUUGCGAAGAGCAGCCCCUUCGUCGACGAGACGCAACGAACGGCUACAGAGGAUGAUGAUGUUUAUCAUUUCAUUGCUUAUACCCCUAUCAAUGGGGUUCUCUACGAGUUGGAUGGCCUGCAGCCUUCACCUAUUGCGCAUGGUGCAUGUACGUUUGAGGAGUUUCCUGAGAAAGUGAUACCUGUCCUGCGGAGGCGAAUCGAGAGAUACCCAGCCAAUGAGAUUCGGUUCAAUCUUCUGGCUAUGGUUAGGGAUCUACGUGUGCGGGCGAGGGAGAUUGGUGAUCAGGAGACGCUGUUUAGAGAGGAGCAGAAGAGGAAUGAGUGGCAAUUUGAGAAUGCCUUGAGGAGACAUAAUUUCGUCGGCUUUGCGGGCGAGGUUUUGAAGGGUGUUAUUGGGCAAAAGCUGAAAGAGAGCCCCGAGGCUUAUACGAAAUGGAUUGAGGAUGCGAAGGGGAAGACUAAACAGAGGUCCGAGGAGCAGAAGAAGACUGGUGCUACGGCCGAUGAUGAUGAGGAGAUGUUAGGUUGA